GGCUCCUCGGCGCCUGCCCGUCCCCGGGUGUUCGUCCCCACUCCAGGGUGAAGAGCUACAAAGAAACAAAGGAGUUACUUGACCCAAAACUCUCUACAAAAUGAGCAAUUACACAAUAACUUUGAAUGGACCUGCACCAUGGGGCUUCAGACUGCAGGGAGGCAAAGACUUCAACAUGCCCCUUACAAUCUCAAGGAUCACACCGGGCAGUAAGGCGGCCAAUGGAAACCUGACCCAAGGUGACAUCAUCAUGGCCAUCGAUGGGGUCAGCACUGAGGGCAUGACCCACCUGGAUGCCCAGAACAAGAUCAAAUUAGCAAUCAACAAGCUGAGCCUCAGCAUGCAAAAGUCAAGACGUCCAGCCCCUGUGCCCACAGCUACGCCAAGAGUGGACUCACCCAUGCCAGUUAUUCCUCACCAGAAGGAAUCUGUGGAAGAAGAGGAAGAUGAAUCUCCUGUGAAAAGAUUUGGCAUUCGAUUGGCUAAAAAACCCUCCAAAAAGUCACUCAUUCCUGACAACAAGGUGGAACCUGCUCCAAAAGAUGAAGAGCGAUCAGAGGUCAUGUCUACGCCCCAACCAGCUAUUAGUACACCUGCUAAAACACCUUCCUCUGCAUACAUGCUCCCUGGGAGUGGGGUAAAAAUCACUCCCAGUCAGAGGUGGCAGUAUAACUCUCCUAUAGGCCUGUACUCUGCAGAGACUGUGCAGGAGCUGGCCCUACAGCAGGGUGCCUUAGAUGGCAUGACAUUCUUAGGUACACUCCCCAUCAAAGAUCCUCUGGUGGACAGCGCCUCUCCAGUCUACCAAGCUGUGAUAAAGUCAGAGGAUAAGGAGAACGAGCUUUCUGAUUGGGCUCGCCGUGCGGCCAACCUGCAGUCCAAGUCCUUCCGCAUCCUCGCCCACAUCACAGGGACCGAGUACCUGCAAGACCCAGACGAGGAGGCACUCAGGAAAUCAAGGGAGAAGUUUGAAUCUGAAGUAAAAGGCCCACGAUUUGCCAAAUUGAAAAACUGGCACCAUGGCCUGUCUGCACAGAUCUUGAAUGUCCAGGAGUAAGCACUACUUAAGAUUGACAGACGCGGGUUACUAAGGCAACAAUCAACCAGGAGAAGAAAGAGAAGGCAGCACAAAAAAGAGGUUGUAAGCAGAAAAGUAUUGUAGUGACUGCAUUGUGAGCUAAAGCAGUAGUUUAGUGCAUAAGAGAAUACGAAAAAAGCUCUCCUUAGUGUUCCAUGUUCAUGUGUCAGUAUGUCUAAUGUAUCUUCCUGCUCCUAAGAUAAGACAGUGCUCUUUUCUUUUCGUUUCGUUUCUUUUCUUUUGGCUGUUUAUUCUAAAUUAAAAUUAACUGUUGAUGUAUAAAGAGGAAAUCUUAGAGAAACGUAAAAACGUGUAUACUAUGCAAUGCACCGCCGUAUCUCAUGCAAACAUAUAUUAAUCGAAUGUACUGUUAUUAAUGUGAAUAAAACAUUAUUUCUUUUAUCCAAAUCGACACUGCA